UAGAGAGUGGUGCUUAAAAGGUUGCAGACUAUUUCUGCAGCCGCAUACCUCGUUUUUACCUGUGCCGAUAAAACAUUCAUCAUCGCGAAACGCGUACGUGUGUGUAGUGCGGCAUCAACACAGUGCAGUGCGGCUCGCGGAAACAUCAAUUUUCCAUUUCCACCGACUCGGUUUUCCGUCGCACCAUCUCGUGCUUCAGUUCCGCACCGUCUCUGUUCGAGGUUAGAACGGAGUGUAUUAAAAAUGGAGUGAACCGUAGUGUAGCAGUGGCAUUUCAUUUCUUCCCAUUUUUGCGAACGCAUCGUGGUGUGUCGGAUGCAGCUGGUGUAAAACCACUCGUGACUUCGUGACCGUGUGGUAGCAUGGGUUUGGUCGAGCGAAAGAAAAUGUCGGCGAAAUAUCAUCUCAUUCAUUGACGGCAAUAGGCAAACCGUAUAGCCUUUCUGUGUGUAUGUGUAAACGUGCGUCAUUUCAUUGUUGAUCCCGUUAGAGUUUGAGGUUCCAAAAAUCGAAACAGUUGGAGUGAUUUAAAAGCAAAUCGAUGUUGCAUCCAACAAACGAGAAUUCGAUUGCCAGAGUGAUUCCGUACAACACUUGCGUGUGCUAAACGUUUCAGUUCUUUUUAUUUUCACCCCCCAUCAAAAGUGUUGUGGUUUUGUUAUUGUUACAUCGCAUUGAAUUCGCGACCCAACAUGGAGCGGUAUGGUAGCUAGCGAAAAUUGUGCUUCAUUGUUGGUCUAGUAAUCGCAGAACCGUGCAAGCGCUUGUGUGUGUGUAUGUGAGUGGACAGUGGUGGGUUGGCUUUGUGUGGCACUGGCCCUUUCGGUUUUCGGUGUAUUCGAGAUCCCGCUUGUCUCCCGCAACAACGUCGCGUUUCGUGCGUCGAUCACGGGUGUGGAAGUGGUUGCUAGCUAGUUUGUGAGUGAGUGUGUGUGUGUGUGCUGUCCCCUUAGGGAGCAAGUAUGCUAAAAAGUAUAGAAAGAAAGGAAGGAGGAGAAAACACAACACAGUAUACCGUGGAAUGCAAAACGUCUCAGCGCUCGUACUAACAGCAACAGCACGACCGUCCGCGAACUUGCUUAAACUCCAGCUCAGGUAGAUGCCAAGCAGCAGAAACGAAAGGCAUACAUAAGUACACAGGCGACAGCAUUUAAAUAUCCGCCGACACUCACGGUUCGUCCCACUGUGGUCGGAGUUGGUGGAAAGGGCCACUACACACUAUCGAUCGGGAAUAUCCCGAAAAUAAAAAUAAAAACACGCACACACAGUGUUCAAAUUUGCGACAACCGCAGCUGCUUACAACGGGGCCGAAAGUUACGUUGGACGGGAAAACCCUGUUGUGUCCGCAGGAAGGGAACGGUAUUGUGAUAGGUGACAGAACAAGGGCGACGGCAAGCAACGAUGAGUACCAACAACAGCACAACGACCAGCGGUGGGAGUGAUGUUAACAGCGCGGGUGUUGGUGGAGUGGGAGGUGGCAGUGGAAGCAGCGGGAGCAGCAUCGAAGUUGAAUACAACGAAAUUGUAUCCCGGCGAGGUUGGCCAAUGGUAUUCCAGGAUAUUCGUGAGAGAAGCGAUAUUCAGGCGCGGGCGAAAAAGUUUUCCACCGACGAAUCGAAAAAGUUGGACAACCGACGACUAAACCGAUAUCGGGAUGUACUACCGUACGAUCAUUCCCGAGUAGCACUGAAACGGGGCGAAGGUGACUACAUAAACGCGAACCUGGUGAAGAUGGACAGAGCUGGUCGGAAGUACAUUCUUUGCCAGGGACCGCUUCCUCUUACGGUAGGCCACUUUUGGGUGAUGGUGUGGGAGCAUGACUCACGCGCCAUUCUAAUGUUAAACAAGCUGAUCGAACAAACGACCGUCAAAUGCCACCAGUACUGGCCAGCAAAGAUAGGCGACCAGCACCGUCUCGAGUUGUCCGAUGUUCAGCUCUCGGUGGUACAUCUGAAGUGUGUAGAGUAUAAAAACUUCUGCAAAAGAACUUUCAGACUGACGGACAUGGAGACGGGCAAAAGUCGCGAAGUGAUACAGUUUCACUACACGACUUGGCCGGAUUUCGGUAUCCCUAGCUCUCCGGUAGCAUUUUUGCAAUUUUUGAAGGAAGUACGCGACUCCGGGGCGCUUGAUCGUGACGUUGGCCCACCGAUAAUUCACUGCAGCGCCGGUAUCGGUCGUUCCGGAACGUUUUGUUUGGUGGACUGUUGUCUCGUUCUGGUCGAUAAGGAGGGAGAGGAUCGGGUUUCUGUCCAGGAUGUGCUGCUUGAGUUGCGACAAUAUCGAAUGGGGCUAAUUCAAACCCCGGAUCAAUUGUACUUCUCGUACCAGGCUAUCAUUGAAGGAAUGAAACGUAUGAACAACUCCUCGUUUGAGGAGUUUGAAGAACUAUCUGUUGUGUCCUCAUCCAGUCAGCAGAACAGUGAUCAGGAGGAUAACGAGGAUACGCCACCGCCCCUACCGCCCCCUCGUACUCAUUCGCUCACGGUGAAACCGUUACCGGUUAUUCCGACCAGCGAGAGCGUACACGAGGAUUUCCUGCUCGGCAGCAGUAACGGCGGAGACCGCGACAAGGUGAACAAUCUAGUAAAUCUAGAAAAGAGCAAGCAAUUUGAGAUGAGUGACGAAAACCAUCACCACCAUCAUCACAACAAUCACCAUCAUAAGCGAAAUGACAGCAACAACCACAACAAUCAUCAUCACAAUCCGUACAGCAAUCGGCCAUUGCCGCCAAUAGUGCGGGAUAGCGCACUGUACAAAGUGAAUGAGCAUGAUAGCGAUGGUGGUGGUGGUGGUGGUGGUAUCGGAAAUGGUAGCAGUGACAGCGACGCCAGCGACUACAACGCGAUGAGCAGCGAAGACGAGCUGAUCGAGGAGAACGAUAGCGACAUUGGCGAAGAAGAUUACGAUGAAGAUGAACUGGAGGAGAAGAAUCGCGGCGCUAUACGCCGAGACGUUCCGUCCGAUAACAGUGAUAACAUUAAAAGCUCCUUGCUGGAUGAAAGCAGUAGCACCACAACAGCGACAACGACGACGACCAGCACCACCUCUAGUACUGGUGGCACAUCGACGGGCAUAUCCACCUCGACGUCGGUAUCUACUACGUCGUCCACCACGGCUAGUGCAAUCGGUUCCAACAAUUCGACGUUGGAGUCGAAACGGGGUGACUCAAAAUCGAACGAUCAGGCUUUUAACGCUAACUCGAGCCUACCACCGCUGCCGAAUGGUGCACUGGAUGAUGGAGAGGAUGCAAUCUCCAGUCCGGAGCGCGAACUGUCACCGAACGCCGAACUGCGACGUCGAAAGCGUAUCGAGCGUCAGUCAGCUAUGGAGGAGAAAAUACGUGAGAUCAAACGCAAGCGGAAAGAGGUGGAAAGUAAGGGAUCACCGAAAAAGCGCAGGUUAUUACUGUUUUCCAUUGCAGCUGGUGUUUGUUUCAGCGUUCUGUGCGUAUAUCUUUACACCAAGCAAAUGUAAUGCGGUGUCGAGACGAUGCAUCAAUGCCGUGGUACGAAUGGGGGCAUAGAAGACACAUAAAAAUCGAAAAAGGGAUGGCGACUAAGCAAGAGACUAAAAAAGAAAAAAAAUCAUAAAAAGUGUAUUAGCAAAAGGAAAAAUCAUUCCUACAUAUGGCAGAAGUAAUCAAAAUGUCGUACUAAGCUGAUCCUCUAUACGUUCCCAUCAAAAGUUUUGAUAGCAUGGGAAAUUCGAUUAUACAUACGUACGAUCACCUGUAUUACGGUGGUUCACAACACAACACAACAACGGUGAUGAUUUUAUAGUGCCGUUUAACAGUUUUUUCGAUGUUUCAAAUUGCAGCUGCAGUUUUAAGAAUUUAAAAUUUGUAGAUACUUUGCGAGAAAUGUAGUGUCGUAAAGUUUGCUUUUCAUCAUACCGAUUUAUUCUUUCAUUCAUUUUUCCCACUUUACAACAGGCUGUGGUAAGAUUUGAAAAAAGGUUUAACCGACAGCUUGAAGAACGAUAGAAAAGAAGAUAUAGUUCAAUAAAUCAACACACUUAUACCGCCACAUUUUUCAAGGUAUUGCAAUUGGAAACACGCAUCGUCAUGAUGCGUUUAAUCUAACUCGUAGAAAGAUAGGGAAGAGAGUAGGGAAAUAAAUGAUACGUUCGAGAUGCUUUCGCUUUAUUUAUUCAUAUUCAUCGUUCAGGUACCAGUUUGAUGUGCGUUGCUGUCGCGUGAGGCAAGAAUCUCUGUUUGGAAAAAUGGCCCAUCGUUCGAUAAAUGUCGGUGUGCAAGUUAAUCGAGUCUGUUUAAAAGAAGUAUGUUAAUUUUGUGACGAUCGGCUAGUGCAACGCAAGUGGAGGAUUAUCUUUACUGUAACGAAAUGGAACACCCAUCCUGCUGCAGCGGUAUGAUGGAAAUAGAGAACACAAGAAUUAUUGUAAAUGCUAAUAUGUUAAGAUAGUUUGUUUUAGUAUGUUAUUUUCUUUAUCCUGUUAGCAUAAUUUACCACUAAUGUAUGUGCACAACUUACACUGGAUACAUUUCAUCCUUUUAAAACUUAUUAUUGUUCUGAGUCACACACCUAGACAUUUCAAAUGAAAUAGAAUGUUCUUUUUCAUUUUUUUUUUCAUUUUUCAUUGAAAAAAACAAAUUUCCGAUCGGUUAUGCAAGCAUUUCCACCGAAAAACAGACGAUUUGUCGACAACGAUUAAACAAAUUUAUGAUAAGCAAAACUAGCGCGCACCUGAUCAUUUCAUUCGUUCUGAUUAACUUAUAAUUGUACAUUGAAUUGUGCAUGAUUUCCACAAGAUUAACGCUUAUGUUUUUUCUUGUUCAAAGCGAAAAAGUGAGCCGUUUGUGAGGUAUUGUUAAGAACUUACUUUUUACGAUCAUGUUUUUGAAUCGUCAAGCGUUUUCCAUGUUUUUGAACGAUUGUUCUAAUCGUUGCGUUUCUAGAGUUUCGACGCGUAUGGAAAGAAUGGCUGGGGUUUGCAUUGAAUGGAUACUUAGAACUACAACAAGCGAGUUUUACACCUUACACAACAAUUAAAUCGUACUGAAACUGUAUUGGCAUUGCAAGUUUUUGUGUUUGGUGUGCUCAUUCUCCCUUUUAUUGGACCCUUAUGUGAAUGACUAUACAAUAGAUGAUUGGCGCCACAGGGCAGAGGUUAUAUUCGUUGCCGUUUAACUCUAUCAAUAGGAUGAACAUUUAAUGAUCUGCCCGAAGCCAAGAUAAAUAUGUUUUCUUGGCGCGAAUAUAAUUCUUAUAACGCGAAUUAUAAUUCUUUCUUAAUUACACUGCAAUUAUGGUACUGCUAAUAAUCGAGCGUUGUGAAUGUAAUCAUUCUAUACACACCUUCGCAAAACACAACAAACAAGUUCAGCAACACUGCAGAAAAAGCUGUGAGCACAGAUUCAGAUACGAGUGUGAAGUGAAUCUAGGUGAAAGAUCGAGUAUAUAUAUAUAUACAUUAUUAUAUAUACAUAUAUAAGGUCCGUGUUUUUUCUAGAUAUAUUAUAUUGAAUAGUUUAUUUUUUAUCCCUUUUCCUUUUCUAACAACCCCUAUCUUUUACUGGUAGCAGAAGAAAAAUGUAGAAAUGUUUUAUAAAACCUUGCCACAAGUUCAGAGGCACGACGAGAAAGAGAAUCAAUAAGGAGAAAAAAUAUAAUAACAUAUUUAGAAUUGUGAACAAAGUAAAGAGAAUGACAUAGACGAAACGAAAAGCAAAUCUGAUGGAAUAAGUGAAGAGGAAGUGAGGGAGGAGGAAGGAUGAAAGUAAGGAGAAACAUAUAUAUUAGGCAGUAUACAGUAGGUACGUGUCUAUUAUUUUUGUUUUAAUCUAGAAAAAAAUUGUAUAAAAAACAUAU